ACUCCUAAAUUGGUUUCAUUGAAAACAUAAAAGAGUUAAUAAAAGAUUCUUAAUAAAGUUUAACAUGACAAUUUAUUAUUGACCAUUUGAUGUUUAUCUCGUUUUAUUAUACUGUCAGUCAUAUUGCAGCAACUUAUAAUAACUUGAAAAUUAAAAUUAAUUAAAAGUUUAAUAGUUAUCAUACUUCAAUUUUUGUUUUCGAUGGAUCAAUUUAGAAGAGCGAGUGUUAAUCCAUAUAAAGAUGAAUACUUGGAUAAUGCUCAGACUUUUAAUCGAACUUCAAAAUUGUUUGAAGAAUUUUUACAUAGUUUUGAACAGUAUGAUAAAGAAGAACAGCACAAGAGACAAAAUUCAUCAUCUGUAAGUGACUGUGUUAAAGUACCAAGGAGGAGAGUAUAUGUUAAACAAAGUUAUUUUCCAGUUGAUGCAUCAUUUGUUAAAGCUAAUCCAAACCAUAUUUACAUAUCAGAUAUAAAUGGAAAUAUAUAUAUUAUUAAGUAUAAGGCUGUGAGAUGGUAA